CCUUUUCCUCCCCAAUAAACUUGAGAAUUAAUCAAAGAUCAAGAAAUAGUUUUCAUCAUCUCAUCAUGUCUGUUGAUCAAGAAGCUCAAAAACACAGAUAUGUAGUCAAGAAGGUGCUUGCCAAGCCUCAGCAUGAAGGUGCUGGAGCCAUUGUUAGGAGAAGCAUAGGAAGAUAUGAGCUGAGAAAUUUAGAUCCUUUUCUUUUGCUGGAUGAGUUAUCAGCUUCACCUCCUGCUGGAUUCCCUGAUCAUCCUCACAGAGGAUUUGAGACUGUCACAUAUAUGCUUCAGGGAGCAGUCACUCAUCAAGAUUUCUCAGGAAAUAAAGGCACUAUAAAAGCUGGAGAUUUGCAGUGGAUGACGGCCGGCCGGGGAAUCGUUCACUCUGAAAUGCCUGCCGGAGAAGGAGUUCAUAGAGGAUUGCAGCUUUGGAUCAAUCUCUCCUCCAAAGAUAAAAUGAUGGAGCCAAGAUAUCAAGAACUGCAAAGUAAGGACAUAAGAGAAGUCGAAAAAGAUGGCGUGCACGUCCGAAUCAUCGCCGGAGAAGCAUUCGGAGUUCGAUCACCGAUCUACACUCAAACUCCAACAAUGUUCCUUGACUUCACAGUGAAACCUGGAGCUCAAUUAGAUCAACACAUCCCUGAUACAUGGACUGCAUUUGCAUACAUUUUAGAAGGGGAAGCAGUGUUUGGAAUACCAUCCAAACCCAAGUGUUCAUCUUCAUCAGUAACAAGCCACCAUGCUGUUGUUUUGAGCCUUGGGGAUGUUGUGACUGUGCGGAAUGCUUCGGACAAGACGUUGAGAUUUGUGCUCAUUGGCGGGCAGCCGUUGAAUGAGCCGGUGGUGCAGUAUGGUCCCUUUGUGAUGAACACUGAGGAGGAGAUUCAGAAGACUAUUGAAGACUAUCAUUUGUUUAGAAAUGGCUUUGAGAAUGCUAAGCAUUGGAAAAUCUAGUAAUUACUAAUUAGUUUUAGAUGGUAUAUAGUACUCUUGAUGGUCCCACGUCCGUUGUUUAAUUGCUAUGUGAUUUGAAAGUUUCGUUUUUUUAUGUAAUAUAUGUGUUAAAUUUGGAGUUUGUGGAGGAGGGUCAACGUUGCUAUUAUGAAAUGUACUAUCUUGUUUUAUAUGCAA